UUUUUUUUCAAUGUUGUUAAAAAUUUAAGAGGAAAAAAGCAAUGAGAAGUGGUGCUUUUCAGCAGCUAAGACAAACAGCUGUGAGUCUCCAUAUUUCUGCCAGGCUUAAAGAAAUGUGAGACAAUCACCUUUCCUGUAAAGGGAGAGAUGUUGGAUGGACAGCCUGAAGCCCAGCUGCAUGCCUGGGCUUAAACAAGGCUCCAUUUAGUGGGCAGGUGAUUAGUGGUCUCGAUAGGGCCAGUCCAUUUAGGCACUCCUAGUGCCCUCAAGUCAUGUCAUAUACCCCCAAAUUUAGCAACCUGAACAUGCCAAGUGCUAGAGGCCAUGUGCUGCACAGGGGUCACAUGGCUCCUGAAAGCCUCUAGGACAUAGUGGAGCGAUGUGGGGAGACCUGCAAAACCCUCCAGGAGCCCCAGAGUUUUUGCCUUUUCCUGAAACCCAUCUCACAACCUUGAGAGGUAAAAAACUACUCCUUCCAGAGCAGGAGUAAAGGGGACACAAAGAAAAACCAUCAAGCAUCACAUCCCACAUGCUGGGGCACCCUGAGCUGCCAGCAGGUAGAAGAUACUGUGUCCUAUGGGGAAAUGCCUCAGGAACCUGGAGAUAAUCAGAAGCAGAAAUAGCUGUGCAGGUGAAACAUGAAAGGUGAAGCAUGUGUUCCCUAUGCAAAUCCAUGCACACACAUCAAUGCACAUUAAUGUGGCAGCCUGCAAAAAAUGAUUUACGAGCUGCCAAGGCCUGUUGCUGCUGGUGGCCUGGGCUAGAUGCAUGAUCUGGAGGUGAUGAGGAUCCCUUUGUGGCUGGGCUUUCUAUGGGAAGGGCAGGUGGCUCAGUGGUGUGCUAAAAAAAAGAGAGGCAGGACUUGUGGCCUGAGCUUGGCCUCAUCUGCAUUUUGACCUCAUGGAGAGUCUGGCAGCCACAAUGCUGGAAAGUAGCACCUCAAAUCCAGGGGACCUCCUUCUACCCCUGCAUCUUUUCCAGAGGUCUACAAACAUCUAAGGUAGGUGAGCAGCAUUCAGCAGACUCCUACUACCUCACAUGAAUGAGGAACUGAAUGAUGAUGCCCGCUUCCUAUAUGGAUGCUUCUGAACUGAGCCAACCCUAGGAAACCCAGGCAGCUGCAAUGUAAUACAGACAAGGCCAGCUUGGCUUGCAGUACCUGGGGUUAAAGAUGGUUUUUCCUCAGUCCACCCAGGGCUGGUGGGUGAUACUGUCUAUACUGUCUACCAGCACUCCAUCGAGCUCAGAGGUGCUCCAAUGUUACACAACCACUGUGUUACAAUCAUUAUUUACCAAGUGACUCAAGCACAGUGGGCUGUUUCACAACCAGCCCUGGUCUAUUUAUAAGCCCCUACUCAAAUGCCAAAGGAUUCUUUUAUUAGUCAAAGCACUUUCUGCAGAGCAGCUCAGGGGGGAUCUUUGUUUUAUGAGAUCAAGUUCAAAGAAGAGGAUCUCUCCAGCCUCUCACUGUGCCUGGCUCUUCACAAGCUGCAAGACAGUUUUGAAGCUGAGCUCUAUCCUAGCAGUUCUGUCAGCAAGUGAAAGCCAUGGAGCAUUCAAUACCCCAGGGUACCUAAAGGUGAGUUACCAGUCAACCAAGAAAGCAGUUGGGUUUAAACCUAUGCAGUAGGAGUGCAGCAUGAUGGAUGUUGCAGGAGCCAAAGGGAAGGAAAAGCUGGACUGCAGUGUGGAGGCAGGGCAGGUCUGCAGCAGAUGGCCCACAGGAGUCACAAGAAGGGCCAAGGGCUCCUGGCAGCACUGGAGAGCCAGCAAAACCAACCAGCCAACAGAGAUGGGCCAAGCAACUGGGACAGCAGGAGAGCAGAUCAAGAAACGCCACAUUUUGCAACCAGCUCCUCCCCUGCCAAUACCCCACAGCCUAGUUUCAGAAACACCACAGUGAUUCAGCAUCAAGGGACUUGUGCAUGCUGUGUGGGGGCAGUGCCUUGUGUUUUAGUUGACUGAAUUAGCAAGUUCGACCCCCUACCAUGUGAAAGCAAACCUGGAGCCCAGCAGAAGAGAGGUGUGGGAUUUAUCAAAGAGGCACUUAUUUUGAUUGUUCUUUUGGGCCAAAUCUUCCAGAGAUUAUGCAAAGCACAAGUGGGACAAGUCUUACUCUGGAGGAAAACAUGGGCUUCUUGGUGUUGCCUCUGCUGGGAGCACCUAGGACUGACCACAGUUAGAAGCAGCAAGUGCUUGAGCAACAAACAUACACAGGGUACAGGCCAUAGGGAUUUGAACACUUAUACAGCAAAAUCCAACCAAUCAACUAACCAGUUCAGUGAUGCUCAGGAACAAUAGGACUAACUGCUAAUGCCCACAUGUGGUAACAUUAAAUAUUACUUAAAACAAUGCAGCUCACCUUCUCAUGGCAACCAUUGUGUGAUGUCUUUCCAUACUGCUAAGAGAAGGACCAGGACACUAAUCCUGAGGAGGGGAAAUAGCGUGGUACCUGGGUCAUAGACCAUGCUCCCAGAAGAUCAUGUAUACUCUCUUUUACCAUUCCUUUGCACAGACUUGCCUGAUCACUGGGAAGUAGGGAAAAAAAAAUAUAUAACAACCCACUAGGUUAGAUGUCAGAUAUUGUCCCUUCACCCAGAGGAUAAAUAAUGUUUUUCAACUACUGUCUUUAAAUUAACCCCCUGAACAUAGCCAUUGCUGUGACAUCACUACUAAGUGACGCCCAGGCCUAAAUACGGCUGUAAACAGGAAUCGUUCCCAUGGGAGUCACGCUGGCUAUAAAUACAGCACCAGGGGAGUGCUGAGCAGCCUGCAGCUUCCUGCCAGCUGAGGAUGUGCCAGGCCCCAUAGCCCUGUCCCAGGAGGAGAUAGCCAUGGAAAAGCCAGUGAUUCCCACUGAGGAGCAGCUGGAGAUCCUGGAAUACCACUUCUGCAAGGUGAAUAAGCAUCCUGACCCCACCACACUGUGCCUCAUCGCUGCUGAGACUGGGCUCUCCGAGGAGCAGACUCUGAAAUGGUUCAAGCAGCGCCUGGCGGAGUGGAGGAAGUCUGAAGGGCUGCCCUCAGAAAGCGGGUCUGUAAGGGACUAGAGGAUGCUGCUCCAAUCCCCUUGCCUCUUAUAAAGGAUGGUGAAGCUCUUCAGAGUGGGUUUCCUUGGGGUUCUUCUGCUGCAAUAGGUUUUGCAAUACUAAGUAAUACUCUGCUAUUUAACAGAAAUAUUAUUUAAUAUGUACAUAACCAGAAAAAAACCCAUUAUAUAUAUAUAUAUAUAUAUAUACACAUGUGUGUAUACAACUUUUGAUGGCUGAUAACCUAUCCAGUGAUUCCAACCCAUUAACAGCAGCUGCACAAGAAAAGGCAAUUUCAUGCCCUUGUCUCAGGCUUGCAGAAAUUUUGCCAUGAUAUAUGUUCAAAUAUAGAAGGAAGAAAUAAAGAUUCCUUUUCCUUAAAAUCCCCAGAGGCAAAAUAUGUGUACUAGCUUUAAGGUGCGGAGAGUAGGGCAUCUGGAAAACUAGGUGCGUUGUUCAGGUGACCUGGUUUGGCUUGACAUGCCUGAAUCAGCUCUGAAUACUGGCAAACCAAGUGCCUACACCAUAAUCAGACCAAGCCAAGCACCCCUGAAUGCCUUUUUAACCUUUUGGUUAAAGGUCACCAAAGAGAAAGAACUCAUGGGUUUUUUCCCAGUGCAGUAAUAAAUUGCAACAUUUUUUGAUGAGA